AAGCAGCCAGGCUUGCCAACCUCUAGGCUGCAAACCAGGCACAAGUGAUAGUUAAAAUCGAAGCUCUAGUCCUCUGGUGGUGGUGCCAGGUCCCUUCUCUGGGCGUCAAAUGCUCGUUUCUGUGCCGGCCGCCCGAUCUCCAUUCAAACUUGGCCCGGUCCACAUUCUCGCAACCCCAAGCUCCAUCAUCCCAUUGUCACCUACCCUACCUGACCUGAAAACUUCCCGCAACUCCAUUUCGACAACGACAUUCUUUUCCCGUUUGCCAAUAUUGUGGCAAUUCGCGACUAAAGUUGCUCGGCCUUUCCUCUUGUUCCUCUCUCUCUCUCAUUCACAAAAUUCGCGCCUGACAAUUGACUUGUCGACCCGACGACUGCUUUCUCCCGCAACAACGCCACUCAAUCCAUCUGCGGGGCAACCACACAGCGCACUGUCACGAACCCAAGGUGAGCACGAGUAUUUUCCUAUUACCCCUCACGAAGAUCACACAGGAGCGCGCAUCUUCAGCCUGCCCGCCGAAACAGCUCCUCUGCCACUGGCCUACCUCCCUCGUCGCCUGCGGAUCAUCGUGCGUUCGAUUUUCCCCUCUCUCGUGCAGCGCGGAGAGAAGACCAGACGAAGAAGACGUCUGAAGUUCUGUCACAAGGGGGUUUGGGCGCGUUGCAUUCAGCAACCCCUGGUCACCCGACGGAUUGCCGUGGACAACGAGCACGACGCAUUUGCACGAGCCGGCGUUCGAGUCGCCUUCUGGAAGCCUCCUGUCAUUGUUUGUCCACCGCUUGACUCGUACCGGCAGCGCACAUACACACUUCCCAUUGCCGGGAUUCAGUCGCAUCAGGAGCGGAUCGCGCUGCGAGUGCAUCGACCUGCGCUAUCCCUCAAUUCCCCUUCCAUCCUCGGCCGCACAGACGAUCCGGCAAGAAGCAGAACAAGCUGCCGCUUUGGUUCCCGUUAGAUAUUUGAAGCGCUGCCAACUGCGGCUGACCCUCUUCUCAUUCGUCAGAGCUACCUUGCCCCUGUCUAUUUGAUAUCUUCUGGUCUUUGUUGGCCAGAUUCUUGGACAACUCGGCUAAUCAUUUAAUUUGCUUCCCAGUUCAGACAACCGUCAUAAGCUGAGAGCAGCCUUUACACACAAAGAAGCAAACCUCCAUCUGACUCGUACCGGUCAUUAGCUGAAAGAAGAAAUCGCGUUGAGGACGGGAACAAAAGCACCGUCCGACCUACCAGCACACCAGUCUUUGCGACAUCAUCGCAAGGUCCGAGCGGAAGGAACGACGUUUCUACUGCCUACUGUCUGCUCCGAGUCCCACCUACGACGGGCAUUACUGUACACUUGGCAACAGCGUCAAGACCCCAGUUCUACAG